AUGGCCAGUCCGCCACCGAACCCAAGAGAAGGCGCGGAGAGCUGCUCCGAGUCCUCGGAGGAGGCGGGCGGGCAACGCGCGGCCUCCUCGCAGAAGACAUUCAUAGCGCUACCUGCCUCGGAGCUCCCGACUAAGCUGGAGUUUGUCGCGCGCGGCGGCUCGGGUCGUAGCAUUAAGCAUACCUUUCGCACUGUCAAGUUCGCCCGUAGAGUGCCCACGCUGCCACCCAAAAACACCACGACGGGCGGCGGCGCCGGGGGCUCUGGCGCGCCGAGCCAGCCGAGCGGCAGCGGUGCCGCCCCCGGCCGCACGCGCCGCGACCGCAGCAAGCCACACGUCUGCACCACCUGCGACAAGCGUUUCUCCAGUCCCGGUAAGCUCAGCCAACAUGUUUUAUCUCACACAGGUGAGCUGCCUUUUUCGUGUGAUUUGUGUGAUAAGCGUUUUAAUUCAAAAUUUAAACUUGUGCGCCACUCUCUAAUACACAGUGAGGCGAGAGCCUUUGCUUGUACUGUUUGUGGCAAGACUUUUAAUCGUAAAGACCAUCUCACUAAUCAUGUAAGGGUGCACAAUCCUGUAAAAAAACUUUAUACAUGUGAGAGGCCAGAUUGUAGGAAAUCUUAUACAUCUCUGUUAAGUUAUCGGAAACAUGCUGCUUUACAUUCAGCUGAGGAAGGUAAUUUACAGUGCAAAAUCUGCGAUGAGGUAUUUAAUACCAAACAAGAUAUAGUGAACCACCUCAAAGUACACACUGGAAGUCGCACAAUUAAGAGUGAGACAGAUAAAAAGUUUACCUGUGACCAUUGUGAUAGAAGAUUUUUUACAGCAAAAGAUGUCAGGCGGCACCAUGUUGUACACACAGGUAGACGAGAUUUUUUAUGUCCUUUUUGCCCACAAAAAUUUGGAAGAAAAGAUCACUUGGUUCGUCAUGUUAAAAAUGCUCAUCCAGAUGAAUCCUGGAAAUCAGCUGCUGUAGGUACUUCAAAAGAUCCACCACCAGAAGCCUCAACAUUUGAGGAGACUUAUACUGACUUUCCAAUUCAGGGCACAGAUUUUGUAUGGAAAUCGGUUGUCCCUGUUAAGGAAGAAGUUCAAGAAACAGAAGUGCCUGCAUCAAAUAUAAUUGUAGAAAUACCAAAUAUAGAAAUCAAAGUGGAGCCUUUAGAAGGUAUAAAAAUAAAAAUAGAAAAUCCACCAUCACCCAGUAAAAUUCUCGAAUACCCAGUAGUGUAUAUGGUCCCACCGCCAUAUCCUCAGACGCCGUCCACCUUGCCAUAUAUGGCGACACAGCCGAUCCCCGAUCCAUUGGAUGUUCAUUUGCUCAGUACAGGGAAUGUUCAGUCUAUCCUAAUGGACCCGGGUGAGGGGCCUUCCGGGCUGUCGAGUCAAAUGCUAGGACUGCUGGAGGAACGUGAACCUACCUUCACGAGCGAGGAAGGGCGAGUGCAGCAGCGGUUGCCUGCCUUCACGCAAGCCUUUCAGACGGCGCAGAGCCCCAAGCCCCCGCCGCCACCGCCGCCCCCUCAC